AACUUUACGAGGCCGCACUUGGUCGGCUCGGCCGUGCCACAGGCGACCGCUGCCGAUACGAUUCCAUCGCGAGUUCGAACGGUUCAAUUAAUCGGUGCGAUUAACGUUGUCUCUCGGACAUCAAGUGUGCCGGAUUAACGGAGGGUGGUGGUGUCCUUUUCUGUUGGUCGCAGAUUUAGUGCGGCGCCGCGGCGUGUGGCGUCGCCUGGCGGGGGGUGCGCCGUCGCUCGUAAACCAUCGGUCGGCACAUUCAAGUGACGCGCGGCUCGGCGACUACGCGUUGCGUAACUUAGCGCGCCAUAAACAACACGACGUGCUCAGCACCGCACCUGACUGACAUCUACUGGGCCACGUGCGCUCAGCACAUUACGUAUUUCGCUCAUGCCACAUCUAAAACGUUGACACGUGACGCCGAGUGAAACUCCACAAACUCUUUUUUCGUUAGAACUGUGAGUUUUGUGAAGAAGUUUGUAGCGAGCGGGAUGGCGCGUGGCCGUUCGCCGUCGGCGAGCCGCGGCCGCCCGGCUUAAGAUUGGCCGAGAAUCAGAUGAGGAGACACCGUCCGUCAACAACGCGUAAAUCAACAGUGAGUUCAGCAAACGUCAUUUAGUGAAUGGAUUCGGAAGUGUUUGUGUUGUGACUGAAUUGUGAUAACGUAGUGUCGGCCCUUGGGGCCGAAAAUCUGCGACGGAAAAUACGGACGUGAGCCGCGCGGGCUGCGGGCCCGCGAUGAGCGCCAACAAUUGCGACAGUAUGACAUAUUUUUCUAACGCUUACAUGCCGGACAUGAGGAACGGAGGCGGUCACGAACAUCAACAGGCGCACGCGCAUUACGGCGCGGUGCCACAACAAGGGCACGAAAUGGAUGGCUGCGAUCAGCAGCUCAGGCCGGCACAGCAUCACUACCCGGCGCAACCUGCGCCUGGAAUGCCCUACCCCAGGUUUCCACCCUACGACAGGCUAGGGUAUUAUCAACAAAUGGAACAAAACGGAUACCGGCCGGACAGCCCUUCUCAAAUGGGGCAUAUGGGUCCUAAAACGGACGGAUAUGGACCUAACGGACACCAACCGGCAACUCCCGCAGUUUACACGUCGUGUAAGCUUCAAGCUGCAGCCGCGACAGGAGGAGCAGUCCCCGGCAGCCCACCCUUAGAACAAGCACAACAAAUGCCCCAUCAUAUGCACCCCCAACAGCAUAUGGUCCAGCACGGAGUACCUCCACACCAACAGCAUCUCAUGUACCCUGUGGACGACAUGCAACAUCAGACGCAGAUGCCCCCUAUGCAUCAACAAUCGAUGCAUGCACAGCAACCUCCUCCGCAGCAGCCCCCGCCUAAUACGAACGCAUCGCUGCCCAGUCCGCUAUACCCAUGGAUGCGAAGUCAAUUUGAGAGGAAGCGGGGUCGACAAACCUACACCCGGUACCAAACCCUGGAGCUGGAGAAGGAGUUCCACUUCAACCGGUACCUGACGCGGAGGAGACGGAUCGAGAUCGCCCACGCGCUCUGCCUCACCGAGAGACAGAUCAAGAUCUGGUUCCAGAACAGACGCAUGAAGUGGAAGAAGGAGAAUAAGACCAAAGGCGAGCCCGGUUCUGGUGACGAGCCGGAUAACAUGAGUCCGCCCACCUCGCCACAGUAAACCUUAGCUUAGUCGGUGCGGUCCAAGUGAACGGUCAAAUUGUUUCAGAUUCGAUGCAGCGAUGCACUGACUUGCAUUGUUUCCCAGCAUUUUGUUUCGUCUUACGUCGAAUUUUACGUUCGAACGCUUUGAUUAAUAUCUGAAACGUUCGGUCCGAAGGCCGAAGUUACUAGAACAGUUUAAUUUGUAUAAAUUGUAUGUUGGACUUUUCAUAAUAAUUAUUACAUUAUUAUAAACUAAUACGUAAACUAGUGAUUUCGAAUAAAGAGUAAUGAUAGUGUGACGAAGAGAUUUUUACGGUUGUUAAGUAUAAAUUAAUUUAUAGAGCAAUCUCAAUACCAAUAAUUACCAAAAACGCAGUGUUUAAUUAUUAUUACCCUAGUGAACUGCAAUGACUCUUUAUGUGAUUCAAUAGCGACUUUUUAUAUUUUAUCAAGAACACGAAUUUUUAUAAUUUUUCUUCUUUGAAUUUCUCCAUAAUAUAUUUUUUCUUUGUUUAUUUUAACACGUGACGUGGUAUUUAGUUUUGACUAGGAAAUUAAUUUGAUUCUAUUACUAUCCGCAGCAGUCGUAUUGUUAAUUAAGAAUUGAACUAGUGUUUUCUUAUAAACAACCACGCCACAACUUAACGAAGCUUUUAAAUUAUAUUUUCUAUCUCAAAACCAUAAUGACCUCUUAUAUUUAACCAUUGAUAAGAAGGCAAUUAGUAUCCAUAUUGUUAUAAUUUAAUAUAUUUGAUGUUUUAUUUCUAAUUAAGAUUCGAAAUACUAUUCUGUAAAUACACGAUAAUUUUAGAAUUCGUAAUGUACAAUUGUUUUAGUGUGAAUAAUAUUUCUGAGAUUAAUUUGUGGGAUGAGAGUUUAUUUUGUGAAUUUUUCUCUUGGAAUUUUCCUUUUGAAAUUCGGAUCUACGAGUUACUUGUAGCGUGGAUAGGCCAGUUAUACAAGUGCAAUGUAUACGAUUUUUGAUGACACAUAUACGUAAUUAAUUACUGAUAAUAAGCGUAAUAAGGAAUCUAUUAUAAUUGUAAAAUGUUACGAGAAGCUUAAAUAUAGUAAAAAAAAUUUGGCGCAAACAAAAUUUAAUAUUAUUUAGUAUCUCUGGAGAUAUAUCUCUGUCAACGGGGAAAUAAUCCUAUUUUGAAAAAAUGAAAUAUUUUUGAAGUACCCGAAUGAAGUAACCGAAAUUUUGAUCGCUAGUAAGAAAGAGUUACCCUUGCUGUUAGAAAUAUACAGAGCUAGUGUUGUAUGUUUAAUUUCCUUUCUGCGAAUGUAGGUACGGCGACACAGUAUACCAAAGUUAUAGAGAUAAACUGCUAUUCACUGUUUUUUUUUUUUUGUAUAAAAUUAAACUUUAAAUAGUAACUUCAAGUGUCGAAUAUUCGAUCAAUAAUGCUUAUAUAAAAAGGUAUUUUUAUAAAAUCAUUACAUAAGAAAUUACCCGAUAUACGUAAUAAUAUCGAAACGAUAAUAGUAUUUGUAUUUACUCGUAACUUUAUAAUUUAAAAAACAACUUCAGAGGUGUCAAGGGACACCCGGAUGGAACGAAGUUCCUUUCGAUUAAUUAGUGAAGGAAUUGUAAUUUUUUUUGUAAGUUAUAAUAAUAAAUUACGGCAUUAUGAAGAAGAAAAAACAAUACUAUGAACUAAAUCACUAUUGUUGAAACGCUAUUUCGAGAAACUGUACUCACUACGCGGACCAAUCGGAUACGAGCAAUGUCACGCGAUAAGCGCCUACACGUUGAUUGGUCAGAAUGACGGAUCUAAAAAGUGUCGUGACAACUUUUCGUAAGAAUUUUUUCCGUCUAGCCCCCUUUCACAAAGCGCGAUAAGGGACUUCGUUCCAAAAAUAUUAUGAGAUCGGAAUGGAAUUCGAAGGAAUUAAUUUGUCAGGAUUCAAGUUAUACGUUUUUUUUGUCGUAACACUGUAAACUAUUUGUAAAUUAUUAUUCUUAUUAUUAUAAUUUUCUAUAUAGAUUUAUGAUUAGUGAACAUAGAAUGCAAUGAGCCGGUUUCGUUUAAUGAGUAGAUUUUUUUAUUAUUUUAUUAUAUUUUGUGCUGUGUUCGUUAAGUAAAAUGUAAAUUGUAAUAAUUGUAUUAUAUUGACCACAUAUUCAAUAUUUAUUUAUUGAUUGCUUUAUUGUUUCGCUUAUUUUGAUGAAUUGGUUCGAUCACUAUCCACUGUCUGGCUGGAAUUACUUUUUUUUUUUAAUUUUGCUCAAAUACGUCCGUUUGCGUUGUAAAGUUUCUAGCAAUAAGUUAAUAUGUUUAUUUCAGAUUGUUUAUUUAUUUAAAACAAAUGAAUCACCCGGUUCUAAUUUCGGGAGCUCGCAAUAUUUAGGUAUUCCUCGCCAGAUAGGAUCUUUAAGCUUGAAAUUAAUUUGUAAAAGUUUAGUAAAAUUUAGAUCUUAAAUGCGAAUAUGAAAUUAAGUUACAGUUUUAAGAUUACACUGGAAGCUGUCCUGAAGCUUUCGAAAGCUCGGUCAGUCAAGUGAAAUGUCGGGAACUUUAUUUGAGACGAUUUUAUUUACUACUUACUGUGUCCUAUCGAUUCAAAAUUUAUAAAAUAUUACUAUAAUUAGUAAUUCGGUAAGGUUAGAAGAGACGAUAUUGUCAUAAAUAUAUGAAUACAUGAAAUUAAUAAAGCAUAAUGAUUGUAA